AUGCCGCUCGGUUUUGAUGCGAAGACAGUUUGUGUUUCACUUGCUUUAGCUGGAACCCUCAAAAUUGGGCUUUCACUUCGUGAGAAUUUAGAUUCAGAAGAAAUUGCAAAAUUUCCGGAGCCCCUUAGAAACCAAAGGAACAAGACUGAGAAGACAGAGAACACUGAGAAGUCUAUUUCUUCAAUUGAAAAUCCAAGUGUAGAGAUCCUUGAAAAAGAAUUUGAAGCUCAUGCCGAUGAAAAACUGCAGGCGAAGAUCUCAAAAAAGAAACUCCAACGAACUUCGAAUCUGAAUAAAAGACGAAUGUCUUCUCAGACUACGUAUAUUGUUCUGCCGCGCAAUAAUAAAUAA